AUGGUCACAUUGGGAUUCGCUGCAUACACUGAUAAAUGUAAAUACUGCUCGCUUGUCGUGGAAACAUUCAAAGCGGGCCUGAAAAAAACUGAAAAUCAGCACUUUGCUGGUGGAAAUACUGAUUGGGAGGAGAAAAAGUUGGGAAAGUUUGCCAAAAGUGAAGUAAGAUUGGUAGAGAUUAUGGAGUAUCUAUGUAAAAUGAAAUAUUUGGAUGAUUCGAAUGCAUUUAGAGAUGUCAAGGAUAUCGAAUUCAAGUGUCAGCAGUUGGUUGAAGAACAUGAAGAGAACAUUGAGAACUGGUACUUCCAUAAACAACUUUCCAAUCCUGAUUUCCUGAAGUGGUUUUGUUACGAAAAGUUGCGGUUAUGUUGCAAUGCGGGACAUUUUGGUGCAGAUUGCAAACCUUGUCCUGGUGUUGAUAAAGGUCUUCCAGUUUGCUCUGGUCAUGGAUCUUGUCAGGGUGAUGGUUCUCGAGAAGGGAGUGGUAAGUGCAGGUGUGACAUAGGUUAUGUUGGCUUUAUGUGUAGCAACUGUGAUGCAAAUUAUUACGCUACGCGAAAUAGUUCUGCUUUCAUUUGCAAGGAAUGUCACAAAUCGUGUAGAGGCGGUUGUUCUGCUGGUGGGCCAGGAAAUUGUAAAGAGUGUCAUGUUGGGUGGGUCAUGAAUGAUAGCAAUGAAUGUGAAGAUGCCAACGAGUGUCUUGAUGAAAAUCGGUGUACUGGUGAACAUGUUAAGUGCAGUAAUACAGAUGGUUCAUACGAAUGUAUAUGUGAGAAAGGCUUUGUCAAAGGCUCUAAGGGUAUUUGUGAAGUUGACGUUAAAGCUUCGCCUGGGAAAUUGUGGGUACGACCAGACAGGUUACUUCCACCUAGUGCGAUUAAUGAGGAAAGGGCCAAAAAUAGGAAGAGCAGUGGCAAUUUAGAGAACUUCGAAAUCGAUAUUACGACGAAAAAUUUUGAGAACCCGCAAAAGGAUUUGUCGAAUUCAAAAAUGGAAAGUGAAAGAAAUCACAAGCGAAAUGGUCAGAUUUCCACGACGGAUGAAUUAUAA